AUGGCUGAGUUUCAAGUCAAAGAAAAAAGAAAAGCAGCUAUGGAAACAGGCAGAAGUUUUUUUGAUUCCAUCCCACAUCAAAUCAUCCUCAAUAUUUUCUUAAAGCUUCAACUGCGUUGCGUCCUCAGAUUGAAGUCCGUGUGUAAAGCCUGGUAUGUAUUAAUCCAUAAUGACAUCACAGACUUAUACUUUAAGCUUUCAAGGGAAAACUCUUUUGGGAUUGGUAUUGGGAUUAGUACUGGUCCGCAUGCCCGCGACUAUGAUUCUAAAACUAUGAUUCCUUAUGAAAUAUCUUCUUUACAAAUAGGAGGUGGGAUAAAGACUCUGAUGAUAAAAAACAUAUCUGCCAUCGGUGGAUGUUUGAUUGUUAGAUAUUCAAUUAAUGGUUUGAUCUUCCUAUCCGAUGAUGAUGAUUUUUAUGUUUGUAAUCCAAGCACUGGAGAGUUUGUUACCCUCCCCAGAUUUAUUCAUCACCCUUGUCCUGAUACUGUUACUGUUAUGAAAAGUAGUAUUUAUGAAACUGGAUUUGGAUAUUCUCCUUUGACAAACCAAUAUAAAGUGAUCAUUAUCCUUCAAGAUUUUUUUGAAAAAAAACCAGUUUCUAAAGUCAAAGUUGCAGUAAUAACCGUGGGAAUUUCUUCAAAUUCAUGGAGGAUCAUCGAUGAUUUCCCGCAAUAUAAAUAUCUUGGCGGACGAGGAACAGUAUGUUUGAAUGGCACUAUAUACCUGAUGGGUUUCUGCCAUCAUCGUACGCAUCUUGUUGAGGUUUUGGCAUUUGAUGUGGCCGAUGAAACAGUCCGAAAAAUCACUCCACCCCCGGAAAUUUAUGAUAAAACUUUGCCCAAUUUGUCCGAACUCGAAGGGAAAUUGUGUUUAAUUGACUUCAACGACGAUGAGAAAUCUUUUGAGAUAUAUAUGAUGGUAGAGGAUCAUCAAUGGGAGUCUCGAUAUACAUUCUUUUCAAAGGAUUUCAAACUAGAUUUUGAUUAUUUCCUAUAUUGUACCCAAUAUCGAUGCCUCAGACAUGGGAAAUUAUUAAUAUGGUCAGAGUUGAUUGAUGGAUGGCGUUUUUUUUGA